AUGGCUGCAUAUGCCUCCACGGGCGGCAUCGUGCCCGCGCAGCUGGGCUUCCUGGCCUUGUUCAACCCCUCUUUAGGCCAGACGGACGAGACGAUUGACGAUCAGAUCGUCUACUAUGCCUCCGUUUCGACGCAGUCUUCCAGCCGCAAGCGGAGGCGCGCGCGCACGAGACCGACAGAUGGGCUCUCCCAAGAGGAACGCCACGAGCGACUGCGACAGAUAGGUCUUGCGCAGGGAAUGGUUAGCUUCGGCCGCGAUUUCUCGGACGGAGCCCCGGUAGAUACCAUCGACACAGAAAAAUCGAGGGUGAUUGCGCAUGAGCUGGAGCCGGGAUGGUGGAUACUUGCUAGUAUCGACUUGAAUAAAGUGCCUCUGCCGCCGCGGCUACCUACCAAGACGGGAGAGCAACAGGAAGAGAGAUACGAGUAUUCGAGCCGGGAGAUGAAGCCUGCUACAUUGCUACUGACGGAUCUUCUGCGAGCACACAGCAUUUUUCUCUUGCAUCAUGGAUCAUCGCUGAGUGCCUUGUUUGUUCGAUACCGCCGAGUGAAAUUCAUCGCACUGCUUAGUCGGUACUGGGAUCUAUUCCUUUCCACCUGGAAUGUCAUGCUGCAUGGAAAUCCUGCAAGAGACAUUUUUGGCGGAAUCAACUUGGCCGCGUCUGGAGAGCUCGGCGUGGGCGUUGGUGAAGAAGACCGAGGAAGCGGGGAACGAGAGGUGCUGGAGGGCUUGGUGAGCAGAGUAGAGGGGCUAGUUGAUCUUGUCGUCUCGAGGUUUGGGCCCGAUGACCCUGAGGCAGAAUCGAGCAAGUCGGAUAAGAUUGAGCUAGAGCCAUGGCUAGGAAGUGGUAAAGAACCUAGAGCCGAAGACGGCGCUAUAUUUCUCGGUACAGGGACGCUAUCACGGAAAUCCUUACGAGACGUAACCCAUUGGAUGGAAGAUCUUUAUACCUGGGGCGAACACGCUUAUGGUCUUAUUGACAGCCCAACCUCUACGCGACGAGCCAGAGGCAAGAAGUCGACAUCAAAGGUGCCGAUUCUGAGCGAGAGUCAGCCCCCAAAGACAGAUGCAGCAUCCAAAGCGGCGGAAUCUACACCCGAAGCUGGCGAACCUACGAGUGAUGCCCAAGAUACUCAACCAAAGGCGCCGGAAGCUGCAGCGAGCCCGGUAAACCCUGAGCUUGAGGCCGGAAGGCUCGACAAAAUGGUUAGCUACUUAACGCUGGGGUACGGUUCAUACUGGUCGUUUCCCGGCGGCGGCGGUAACUCAUCGGAGCCAGCCAACCAACAACCUGCAGCCGAUGGCAAAUCGAACGCGGAACAGCAUCUCCAAUCGCCAAAGCUGCCAUCUUCUUUGGAGUCGUCCGGCCACUACUUGAUUGGGCUCAAAGGCGACAUUGAACAUGACUCCGCAGCUGUGAACGAAGUGGAAGGGACCCUCGGCUCAGAUGAUGCUGAGGACGAUGACGAAAACAACUCCCGCACCGUCCUUCGCACUCUCCACGUCGAGCUGGAAGGCUCUGCUGCAGAGAACCGGACAGAGCGCACUGUCAUUCGGGAUUUCGAGCACGAAGUCAACCCGUUGACUCGAUCUCAGGCGGUGGGCGGAUUGCUCGCGGGCUUCGACUCUCACGACAUCAACAUGGCGGAAAAGCUCCGCGUCGUCGUCUACGUCAACAAGCCCUUCAUCUUCACGUUCCUCUUCCGCCUCCGCACCGACUCCCUCGCCUGGGACACGCUUUACCGCUCGCUGCACUACCAGCUGGCGCCGCUGAGGAAGCCCCUCUUGGCAUCAACCAGGUACCGUCCCGAGCGCCCAGACGCCGGGCCCGUGUCCUCCCACAUCCAAGACCUCGUAUGGGAUCCGCCCUCGCUCACUGUCCACUCGUCGAUUCCCAACAUUCCCGACUUCUUCCCCGACUCUUCGUCUUCAUCUCCGUCGUCAUCAUCAUCGUGGUCUCGCGCGGAUGCCGUGAGCACUCAUCUCCAUCUCCUCAACAUCUACGCCGCGACGCGGUCUCAUAUCGCCGACCUCGAGCGCACGCAAAAGACAAAUCGCGGAUGGUGGAUCGUCUGGACUCGGGUCCUCCAGCGCACCGCCGCUACUACCCCUUCCACCACCACCACUGCCACGGCACUGCCGCUAUCCACCAUCCAUGAGUCCGCAUCGUCAUCAUCCCUGACCUCGCACGAAGCAUCCACCCAGGACCAGGACAAAGCCCCUUCCUCUCGUCGCUCCUCGACGUCUGCAUCCUCCCAUUCACCUCCGCCGGCCGUCGACAAGGAAAUCUUCCUCAUCCGGCGCGCGAGCGACCACAUCGGCUUUCGCAGGGCCGCGGACGACGGAGCUUCCGGGGGCGGAGAAAGUUUGGGGCGGUUGGCGCAGGGAAUUGGCGUCGAUACGAGGAGAUAUGUCGAAGAGCUGUUGACCUUGCUGUAA